AUGAAGGCAAUGGGAUUAUCAGUCGAUAUGCUGAAGGAAUCUGAUACUGGUUUUCACUGCAUCAUCCCAACCCGACCCGCGUACCCCCUAGGUAAAAUUUCACUGGAUGUCAUCUUCGGCACGCCCAACAAUUUCAGAAAGGAGAAGCUCGAGUUCGAGUUAGUCGAUUGGGAAUCGCAGUACCACGCUAUCCUCGGCAGGCCAACUUUCGCGAAAUUUAUGGCGAUUCCUCAUUACGCAUAUUUAAAGUUAAAGAUGCCAGGCAACAACGGGACAGCAAAAAUAGUUCACGGGAGUUUUUCUCGUUCUGAUAACUGCGACAGAGAAUUCCAGAAGAUCGCUUCGAAGUUCGGAGUCAGGGAGGAACUUAAUGCAAUCGAUGCAUUCACCGAUCAUACACAACCACCCGCUGAUAAUCGAAGCACCAUACCCGACGAAUUCGACGUGAUGAAGGAAGCAAAGAUGCAUCAGGUGCACCCCUCUGAACCGAAGAAGAUGGUCAAUGUGUCAGCAGACCUUGUUACCGCAUAG